ACUUCUUCUCCAUUUCCGGACGUACGACUUUUCAGUGUAGGCAAUCUAUCAACAUCCCUUCCUCAUGUCACUCCCAGCCACAGGUGGAGGCACGAUGAUACCCUGAAGCUCAACAGCAAGAAUCUCAAUAGAUUUCAAACUGCAAUACGUUGGGAUUCAAUUCCAAAACCCUUUCAAGAUGCCAUUACUCUGACUCUGGAACUGGGCUACAGCUAUUUAUGGAUCGAUUCACUAUGCAUCGUUCAGGACAGUUGGCUUGAUUGGGAGGCCGAAGCUGCGCAGAUGUGCAACGUGUACAGUAAUACGGUGCUGAACAUAUUCGCGGACUACUCAAGCGGAAGUCACAUUGGCUUGUUCCAUCAGCGUGACGUCUGCACAGCAAUCGGUUUUGUUGCCCGUGCUAACUGGCCGCGAAUGGCAAACAGCCUUUGGCAUUGUGAGCUCUCAUACGAAGAAACAUAUGAAGACAGACAUCUAUCGAGAAAGGAAAGCAUUAGUGUCUUGCCUCCCAUGGGUGGGUCGUGCAGGAAGAAUUACUUCCGCCUGCAGUGGCCUACCUUGGACACGCAGACAUCUUCUGGGUAUGUCAUCAUGGGGCUGCUUCGGAAAUGUUACUCGGGCAGGAACAUGCAAUUCGAGAUGACUUUUGGGAUCACAAACCCCUCGGUGAUACGCUUUCAAUCCGGCCGGCUCUCAACUCCAAUAUCAGUGUCUGGAACGCGAUCACUCGUCCAUACAAUUCAUGCAACCUUACUUUCAACCAAGACAAGCUAAUUGCAUUUUCUGGCUUAGCUUCUAGGAUGCGCGAAUCGCUGAACUGGAAGGCCGAAGACUUUUUGGCCUGGCUCUGGAGACCUAUCUUACUAGAAAGCCUUUGUUGGAGGCCUCCGCGUGUUAUCGGAAGAAACAGUUCUACGGGACGUCUUCUGGUUGAUGUCGCCCCGACUUGGUUUGGGACAUCUAUCAAAGGACAAAUCCUACUCGAAAGCUAUAACCGUCGACGGUUGGCUCAAUACCAGACCCUGGCCGAGAUAGUUGAGGCCAACGUAUCUACUCCAGCAAAAUCCUUCGGGAAAGCAUCUUCGGGUCGUAUCUUUAUCAAAUCA